AUGAAAUUCAGUGGCCUAGGGCAUCCCACACAUGCUCAGUCAGCGUCAAGGGAAGACAAAACAAUGUUCGUCUUGCUGAUAAUCUGUGGCACUGCAGCUAUUGCCACCCUACUUAUGGAUGUCAAAAAUAUGACAGAUAAUUUUAAGUUUGGAGAAAACCUUUUUCUGGGCAAUAAGUAUGCCAACAUAGCGAGAGAACCAUUUGAAGCUUGGUUUGGCAGUUGUGUGUUGCUUCUUGUUCCUUCACCUCUUACAUCCCGAUUAUGCGGCUUUUUGUAUCCCUCUUCCCAACAAAUUGACUUAUCUACAAAAAGGAGUUUUUAUUUAUCUUGCUGUUUGAAUAAAGAUGGUAAACUUCGAAAUGAAACCACUGAAUUGCCUACUUCUGAAACAGAAAACAAGGCUCAUGAAUCAAAGGCAGUAUCAGCCAAGUCACUGGAAAGUACCAGAAGAGAAGAACGAAAGAAGGUGGAUUAUGCUGUAACAUUCACUGAGAGAAAUUUUAUUACUCCUUUGCGAGCUAUGAAUGAGUAUCUGUUAAAACCAAGUGACCUUGAAGGCCUGAGGAAAAUUCAAAGACGCAGUCCAUUUGAAGACAACCCGCCAAUCUAUGUUUAUCUGCGACGGGAUGUUGAAGAAAAAUCUAUUGAAGUCUGGGGCAGUCAGGAAGCUUUACAACGGGAGCUUAAACGGCGUCAGGAAGAAGAACAACAGUAUCGCGAUAAUAUUUUCCAUGUGAAAAGAAUUUUGAAAGAAUAUACUCGCUCUUCAAUGCACAAAGAAGAACGUAAGCGCCAAGAGAUGAUAUUACGCACAUCUGGAAAGGUUGUGAUGACAGCUGUGAUAAUAAAUGCCACAAAUUUUGCUUUAAAGCUCACUGCUUGGCUUUAUACUGGUUCUCAUAGUAUGUUUGCUGAAGCUAUACAUUCCUUGGCUGAUACUGGGAAUCAGUUACUGUUGGCUUAUGGUAUCAAAAAGUCCCUCCAAACACCAACAGAAUAUCACCCGUAUGGUUAUCAUAAUAUGCGUUAUGUGGCUUCCCUGGUUAGUGGUGUUGGAAUAUUCUUCCUUGGCACUGGGCUUUCAAUUUACCAUGGAAUAACAGGGAUUUUAAACCCUGAGACCAUGGAAUCACUGUAUUGGGCUUAUAUUGUUUUAGGAGGUUCCUUAAUUUCUGAAGGAGGUACACUUGCUGUAGCAUUUAGAGAAACAAAAAGUGGUGCUAAACGAGAGGGCAUGAGUAUUACACAGUAUGUUUUGCGAGGGCAAGAUCCUAGUGUAAAUGUUGUAUUGCUGGAAGAUAUAGCUGCCGUUGUGGGCAUUUUCAUUGCCGGAACAUGCAUGGGAUUGACAUCAUAUACAGGACUGCCAAUUUAUGAUGCUAUAGGCUCCCUUGCUGUAGGAGGUGUUUUGGGAGCUGUUGCUUCAUUUAUAAUCUAUACGAAUACAGCUGCUCUAGUCGGCAGGUCUAUUCCAGCUGAAAGACUGCAGGAAAUAAAUAAGGAAAUGGAAAAUGAUGUUAUGAUCAGAGCCAUACAUGAUGUCAAAGCAACUGAUAUGGGAAAUAAUUAUGUGCGGUACAAAGCAGAAGUUGAUUUUGAUGGCAGACAGUUAACUCGCUCAUAUUUAGAUUCCCAAGAUUUAGACAUUUUACUUGAGGAAAUGCAGAAAUUAAAAUCUAUUGAGGAUGUUGAAGCUUUUAUGCUGAAGCAUGGAGAAAGUAUUGUAGAUAUGCUUGGUGGACAAAUUGAUAGGAUUGAAAUGACUCUGAAGAAAAAGCAUCCAGAAGUCCGACAUGUAGAUCUAGAAGUAUUAUAACUACUUACAUGAUAUCACAUCUGUAGGCUUGUAAAUAAAUAUAUAUAUAUAUAAAUGUAUUUAUUUCUAUAUAAUAUAUAAAGUAAAUACUAUAAAAUACUCUUUAAUGCAACAAAAUAGCACAAUGUUUUGCAAUUGUGAAUUAUGUAUGAUUUGUAUGACCUCAUUUGUACUAGUAAAAUUCAGUUUUAACUAAUAAAAUGUACAGUUAAUUUUGGUA